UUGUCUUGGUAAUUGCUUUUUGAGUUGACAUACACCAUACAUGAAUAAAACCGGAGGAUAUACUUUGACAUUUGAUGCAUGUUUUUGUUUUUCAGAAGCUGUUAGUACACCAACUACUGUGUCCACACCAACGACUACCACACCACCAGGUCCACCCUACUCAACAACAAUCUCACCAUCUGCACCGACUAGCCCGUACGUCUGUCCUGUUCCCAUGUUGGACGAUGCAGGUACAGAUGAAUUACCCGAUCUGGUAGAGGUCUUUGUUGACGAACAUAAGUCUCCUAGUUCGUCUCCUCUAAAUGGUACCCUGGGAACGGUAACUGGCGAGCCCGGCCGGGAGGUGAAAAUCAGGAUUGUCUUUAAAGACAAGGAUGAUAAAUCUCCCAUAGGAAAGAUCACGGUGACCACCAAAAAUACACAAACCGUUACCUUCAUUGUUACCACUCCAGAAGAUACUGAGUUGAGAAAGGAAGAGAUCGUAACCAAUCCAAGUGAGGAGAGUACUGUUGAGACAGACUUCACGGGCUUGGAAGGCAAAGAAUUAGAGAUUGUCUUCAAACCACAAGCAGAGGAAACAGAAAGCAUUUCUGUCAAUAACUUGGGAAUCGAAGCAUGUAUUGAAAAAGAAGCUGUUAGUACACCAACUACUGUGUCCACACCAACGACUACCACACCACCAGGUCCACCCUACUCAACAACAAUCUCACCAUCUGCACCGACUAGCCCGUACGGUAUGUGA